AUGUCAACAGUGCGAAAGCUUGCAAUGCCCCCCCCCACACACCUCCUGUACCUCUUGUACGUGUUGCAUCGCUUGCUGCUGCCCGACUCCUCUUCACCCCCUCCGCUCCGACUUCCGGCCAUCGAAGGUUCCGGCUCGAGGCCUCGUGCCGAUUCCCAUCGCCAGUCUGCCCUACCGGCAGAUGGACUCGCUCAUUUUGCUCGUCUUCUCGGCGGCACGCUUUUGCCUGCCGGUCUUCUGGGCACGUACGAGGUACAUAAUGAAGAGGAUAUGGGGAAAAUGGGAAGGAAUGACAUUUUGCUCUCUCCGACAUGCGAUAGCCUCGAACCCACCAACCCACCCACUCACCCACCCACACACACAUACAAACACACCGGAAUGUGGAGUGGAGGUGCACUUGGCGAGGGAAAUUCAGUGUGA